CUCCUCCAAACGCGUCGCUGCCUUUUAAAGCGCGAGACGGCAUGAGCGCUGUCACUCUGACACUGAGCGAGGCAGGCUCGGCAGCUUCCGUCGUCUCGUUCAUUUACCCCCCAUUUCGAUUUCCUUUUCCACUUCGUCGAUAAACCAUCGCCCUUUCAUUUCUUCUUUCUCCAUUGUACCGUAACUUUCAAAGCCCCUUAUCGCCAUGUACCGGUAUUUUGGGGAGCUGCUGACUCGCGGAGCGGGGAACGCUCUGGCCUCGGGAUGCGUCGAGUCCGCUCUGCCGGCUUCCUCAUCUUUGCUGAGGGUGCGUCACUACAGCGAUGCCGCUGACAAGGAAGAUGACCCGAACUUCUUCAGGAUGGUGGAGGGCUUCUUCGAUCGCGGCGCUGCUAUUGUCGAAAACAAGCUGGUAGAGGACCUGAAGACCCGGGAAACGCCGGAGCAGAAGAGACACCGUGUGCGGGGGAUCCUCAAGAUCAUCAAGCCCUGCAACCACGUCCUGAGCGUGUCCUUCCCCAUCAAGAGAGACAACGGAGAAUGGGAGGUUAUCGAGGGUUACCGGGCACAACACAGUCAGCACAGAACUCCCUGCAAAGGAGGUAUCCGAUACAGCAUGGAUGUAUCCGUGGAUGAGGUUAAAGCUUUGGCCUCCCUGAUGACAUACAAAUGUGCUGUUGUGGAUGUGCCAUUUGGUGGAGCUAAAGCUGGAGUGAAAAUCAACCCCAGGAAUUACUCUGAUAAUGAAUUGGAGAAAAUCACAAGAAGAUUCACCAUUGAGCUGGCCAAAAAGGGAUUCAUUGGACCUGGCAUUGAUGUACCCGCCCCUGAUAUGAGCACCGGUGAGAGGGAAAUGUCCUGGAUCGCUGACACCUAUGCUAACACUAUUGCCCACACCGAUAUCAAUGCCCAUGCCUGUGUGACAGGUAAACCCAUUAGCCAGGGUGGUAUCCAUGGCAGAAUCUCAGCCACUGGUCGUGGAGUCUUCCAUGGCAUUGAGAAUUUCAUCAAUGAAGCCUCCUACAUGAGCAAACUAGGCCUGACCCCUGGAUUUGCUGACAAAACCUUUAUUAUUCAGGGUUUCGGUAAUGUGGGUCUGCAUUCCAUGCGUUACCUCCACCGUUAUGGUGCCAAGUGUGUGGGAAUUGCUGAAAUCGAUGGCAGCAUCUGGAACCCCAACGGCAUGGACCCCAAAGAGCUGGAGGACUACAAAUUGCAACAUGGUACUAUUGUGGGCUUCCCCAACUCUCAGCCAUAUGAGGGAAACAUUCUGGAAGCUGAGUGCGAUAUCCUCAUCCCUGCAGCUGGAGAGAAACAACUGACCAGGAAGAACGCUCACAAUAUCAAAGCUAAGAUUAUUGCUGAAGGUGCUAAUGGUCCCACUACACCAGAUGCUGACAAGAUCUUCAUAGAGAGGAACAUCAUGGUCAUUCCAGACAUGUACCUGAACGCUGGAGGUGUCACAGUCUCCUACUUUGAGUGGCUGAAGAACCUGAACCACGUCAGCUACGGUCGUCUGACCUUCAAGUAUGAGAGGGACUCCAACUACCACCUGCUGAUGUCUGUGCAAGAGAGUCUUGAAAGGAAGUUUGGAAAGCAGGGUGGCCCCAUCCCCGUUGUGCCCACUGCUGACUUCCAGGCCCGUGUAGCUGGUGCCUCUGAGAAGGAUAUUGUGCACUCUGGUCUUGCCUACACCAUGGAGAGGUCAGCCAGGCAAAUUAUGCGCACGGCAAACAAGUACAACCUUGGCUUGGAUUUGAGGACGGCAGCUUACGUCAACGCAAUCGAGAAGGUCUUCAAGGUGUACAAUGAGGCUGGCCUGACCUUUACAUAAAUGACCCCAAA